GAAAAAUAUUGUUGAUUUGGGGUUUUUAUUUUGAAAUUGCGAUAACAAGCAUUGUUGUUGAUAGAUGAGUAUUCUUUUAGAUUUUUUUGAUCAAUAUGUUGUAUUUUUAAAUUAAAAUUCAGAAAAAUUCUGUUUUAGGAAAGUUUUCAUUUUUACAUAAAAAUAUUGUUGAUUUGGGGUUGUGAUUUUUAAAUUAGGAUAACAAUAUUUUAAGUUGAUAGACAGGCAUUUCUUAAGAUUUUUUUUAUCAACAAGUUGUAUUUGUAAAAUAAAAUUAUCAUAAAUUCUAUUUUAGGAAAUUUUUCAUUUUUAUAGAAAAAUAUUGUUGGUUUGGGGUCGUGAUUUUUAAAUUAGGAUAACAAGAUUUUUAAAUUAGGAUAACAAGAUUAUUUAAAAUUCUAUUUUAGGAAAAUUUCAUUUUUACAGAAAAGUAUUAAAGAUUUGGUAGUUGUGAUUUAGAAAUUAGGAUAACAAGAAUUUUUGUUGAUAGAUGAGUAUUUAAAAAUUCUAUUUUAGGAAAGUUUCAUUUUUACAGAAAAGUAUUAAAGAUUUGGUAGUUGUGAUUUAGAAAUUAGGAUAACAAGAAUUUUUGUUGAUAGAUGAGUAUUCUUUCAGAUUUUUUGAUCAAUAUGUUGUAAUUUUAAAAUAAAAUUCUCAAAAAUUCUAUUUUAGAAAAGUUUUCAUUUUUAGAGAAAAAUAUUGUAGAUUUGGGGUUGUGAUUUUUAAAUUAGGAUAACAAGAUUUUAAGUUGAUAGAUGAGUAUUUUUUAAGAUUUUUUGAUCAACAAGUUAUAUUUUUAAAAUAAAAUUAUCAAAAAUUCUAUUUUACGAAAUAUGUUUUUCUAUCUUAAUCGAAUUUACACUAUAAUUAGACUAUGUAAAAUCCUAAUAUUUAAAAAUCUUAACUGAAUCAAAUUAUUAUUUUAUACUGUGCAGUUAGUUUCAUUAAUUAAUAAUUCUAUAAUAUUAUUAAAAAAAUCGCAGCCCUAUAUAGGGUGACCAAAUGCAGUCUCAGAUGUUCCUUAUAUAUAUAAAUAUAUAUAUUUGACGACUAAGCAUUGUGAAUUUCAAUCAAAAUGUAUAACUAUUAUAUAUUGUUUCCGUGACCAUUUUCCACAAAAGUGUAAAGAAUAUAAAAUAGAAACGUUAUAUAACCGAAAUGUGGUUUUAUAGUUCAUUUCUGAGAGUCAAAUAUAAAUUAUAAGGCUGGAUUUUCUUGUCUAUUUUUUAAAAUUCAUAACUUGUGUGGACACGUACUUAAAAGUUUGAAAAGUUGACUAUUAUUUUAAACUAAAUUUAAGGAAUACAUAUAUAGUCUAGUAUUAGUAGACAAGAGAAUAUAAGAAAAUAAAAAUAUAGUAGUCAGAGUUCAAGAACCAGACAGAAAGAACGGAUUAUAGGAUAGACCAACAAAAUGAUUACAUUUUUUUUUUAGCAACACCAACAAAUGAUUACAAUAUUUUCUAAAAUCUAUCCACCAAAGACCAUAUAUAUGAAAUGUACAAUUUUGCGUUAUUUUUUUCUUUGAUAAUUAAAACAAUCUUGUAUUGUAUUGGAUUAGUUAGACUAUAUCUUUAUGUCAUUAAUUCUGGUUGCUUCACUUCUUCUUCUUUUUUUUUGCCAACUGGUAUUUUAUUGAACAAAGUAUUAAAAACAAAAAAAGACCUAAAAGAGUACUCAGCCUAUGACUCUAUGAGAUUAUGCAAUAAACAAAACAAAGAGAUCGCUGGUUUAAAAUGAAUUGUCUUUUUUUUGGUACGAAAUUGAAUUGUCUUUUUUAUACCUAAAGCUAAUUUGUUAUUCAAGCCAAUACUUUGGGAAGCUAGAUGCCUAGAUUCACACAGUUGCAUACACAGGCAGACAUACAAGGAUCGAGCCACUAAGUCUGGAAUUUUUUAUUACAGCAUAGCUCUUGUUUUUAAAGUCAUUAUGGUUUGAUUAUGAUUUUUGUGAUAUUUAUAUAUGUAGCUAACACUAUUUAAUAGUUUAAAAAUAUAUGGCUAGUAAACUAAAAGUAAUUGGUUAUUUCUCAAUUAUAAAUAAUAAUUUAUAUAUGAAAAAAAAAUUGUGCAGAAAUUAAAAAUAUAUGAGUUUUCUGCUAAUUUUGUAAAAUGUUCAAAAUGUUAAAGGUCAUAUUCAUACAAUUUUUUUCCCUAUUUCUAGCUUUAACAUAAAAUAAAAAGUUAGUCCAUCCAUACACUAAGAAGCUCUUAAUCAUAUUUACGAAGACUAGCUUUUAAAAAAAAUUCCAUUAGACUUCUUGAAAGUACUUAGAAAUUUAACACGAACAAUACAAAAAGGCGAAUUGUUGAUUUGCAGAAAUUUCCUCACGACAACCACCAAAUUUCUCUAAGCAAGAACAGCGCUUUAGAUCAUUCAAUUUCAAACCUCCUCGAAACUAAACCAACAUUCAAAACCACGUGCUCCCUAAUAAAAUUUAUACCCGGUCCGAAUUAAUUAAACCUGACCCGACGGGAAUAACCUUAUAAAUAUUCCCAUGCAAAAAAAAAAAAACAAACAACUCCAAACACUCUUCAUCAAAAUUAUUAUUAUUUUAUGAUUUAAUUUGUUUUGUAAUGCAAAUAAAUUAAGUCCUAUAUGAACUGCAAGUAAUAUUUAUAGUGCUUUCUUGUUCUGGGAUUAAAAAGUUAAAUGUUAAAUAAAUACAUCACUAUUUUCCAUUUUAAAUGAAUUGGAUUUAUUUUACACAUUCAAAGUUAAUAGCGUGUCCAUUCAUAGAUAUAUUUUUUUUUAAUUCAAGAAGUUUUGGAAUUCAAAACUGACACCUGCACCCUAAGAGUAGAAAGUUUUAUCAGUAUAGCUACCAACUCCGGCUAAGUGUUAUAUUUUUCUUCAAAUAUCUUAGCAAUAAAAGAAAAAAAUAAAAAAAAAAUAAAGGAAAGAAACCCAACUGUUCAUCAAACAAGAUUUUGAGAUACCCAUUAUAAUUUUUGUGCCACAUGUUUAGUUACAAGUGGUUUUAUUCUUUAAAACUGAUAAAACAUAAUCAACCACAAAACGCUUUAUAAAUAAGCCCAUGCAACACACACAAAUCAAAGUUAAAAAACUCUUCAUAAAAUCAUUCCUCUCAUAAUCUCUCUCAAUGGCUUCUAACCACACUAAGCUUACUUCUUCCAGAGUAGCGAUCAUCGGUGCUGGUGUCAGCGGUUUAUCAGCCGCUAAGCACUUAGCUCAUCACAACCCGAUCGUUUUCGAAGCCUCGGAUUCGGUCGGAGGUGUUUGGAAGAGCUGCACUUACGAGACGACUAAGUUACAAUCGGCUCGAGUCGAUUACGAGUUUUCUGACUUUCCAUGGCCCAAUAGAGAUGAUACAACUUUCCCAUCAUACAUUGAGAUAUUGGAAUACUUGGAAUCUUAUGCUAAGCAUUUUGAUCUCCUCAAGUUCAUGAAGUUUGGUUCUAAGGUCAUCGAAGUUAAGUACACCGGCGAAGGCGAUGCCCUACAGAUGGUUGACCUCGGUGGUUCCGGUAGCUUGUUGCCCGGAAAACCUGUAUGGGAAGUUGCUGUUCAGAACUUAGAUGCUAGAGAUAUUCAGUGGCAUGCAUUUGAGUUCGUGGUGGUGUGCACCGGAAAAUUCGGCGACGUACCAAGAAUACCAACGUUUCCGGCGAAGAAAGGGCCGGAGAUAUUCAAAGGGAUAGUGAUGCAUUCAAUGGAUUACUGCAAGUUAGAGAAAGAAGAAGCUUCUUAUCUCCUCCGUGGCAAGAAAGUUGCGGUCAUUGGCUUCAAGAAAUCCGCCAUUGAUUUGGCUUUAGAGUCUGCUAUAGCCAAUCAAGGAGAAGGAGGACAAGCAUGCACAAUGGUGGUGAGAACAACACACUGGGUGUUCCCGCAUUAUUGGGUGUGGGGGUUGCCAUUUUUCUUGUUCUACUCUACCAGAGCUUCUCAAUUCCUUCAUGAUAGGCCUGACCAAAGCUUCCUAAGAACUCUCUUUUGCUUCAUAUUCUCUCUUCUGCGUGCCGUGGUUUCUAAAUUCAUCGAAUCAUAUGUUACGUGGAAGCUUCCUCUAGAAAAAUAUGGUCUUAAACCGGACCAUUCUUUUGAAGAAGACUAUGCUUCUUGUCAAAUGGCGAUCAUACCGGAGAAUUUCUUCGAGGAAGCGGAUAAGGGUAUGAUUCGGUUUAAGAAAACAUCAAAAUGGUGCUUUUAUGAUGAAGGGAUUGAGUUUGAGGAUGGGACUACGCUAGAAGCUGAUGUUGUGAUACUCGCAACUGGUUAUGAUGGCAAGAAGAAGCUCAAGGCCAUUGUUCCUGAACCCUUUCGAACUUGGCUUGAGUUUCCAUGCGGUGUUAUGCCUCUAUACAGGGGAACAAUCCAUCCAUUGAUACCAAACAUGGGCUUCGUGGGAUACGUUCAAAGCAACUCAAACCUACAUACAUCAGAGCUACGUUCCAUGUGGUUAAGCCUGCUUGUUGAUGGGAAAUUCGAAUUACCGAGCCAAGAGCAAAUGUUGGAUCAAUUCUCCAAGGAAAUGGAAGUGAUGAGAAGAUCGAGCAGAUUCUAUAAACGACAUUGCAUUUCUACUUUCAGCAUCCAACAUGCUGAUGAUCUGUGUAAUGACAUGGGACUCAAUCCUUGGCGUAAAUCCAACUUGUUCCUCGAAGCCUUUAGUCCUUAUGGUUCUCAGGAUUAUCGACUUGCUCAAGAAGAAACUAAUAUUUGAAUAUAAUAGUACUGAAGAAAUAUAUAACGAAUUGUUGCAUUUGAUGGAUUAUGUAUACUGUGUACAAUUAUAAAACUGUACUGGCGAGUCAUUGAAUAAAUCAUGUAUGUACGACUACAUGAGCUUUUAUUGUCAAAAUAAUUUUUAAUACUCUUUUAAUUAUUUAACCAGAUAUUGACGCGUGGAUAUUGGUUCUUACAUUUUUAUACAUUGAUAUUUGUUUUUCAUAAUUAGUGUUAUAUAUUUUAGAUGAGUCGUAAUAUAACUACUUGUAUUCAAAAGAUCUGAACCGAAUCAGAUAAUAUGGUUAUUUUUGAUACAAAUAUCCGAACCCGUUUCAGAUACAUUUGCUAUUUAGAAUUUUUUAAGUUUAUAUACAUCAUAACCAAAUUCAUCCACACCUAGAAAUACCCAACUAAAAACUCACACAUAAAUUUAAUAUAUUCAAGCGGGUCUAGUUUAAAAAAAACAAAACUCGAAAAGAACAACUCAUGCCUAAAUGUCAAUGUUCAUGCUUAACUGGUUUUAUAAACUAAUAAAAAUAGCAUUUUAUAAGUUUGGCUUAAGUAAGUGAAAUAGAAAGAGUUUUUUUAUUUAGUAAAAUAAUUAUAUGGAGUAAAAAAUUAAGUGAAAAUAAAUGAAAUACAUUUUUCUUAUUUAAAUUUAAGUUAUUAUUUUAUUCACAAAAACAUGUCUUUGAAUUAUGUUUUUGGCUACGUAAUUUUUCACCAAUUGAAACUAAAAGAAAUAAAAAUAUUUGAGUAAAACAAACUAUAAUCGAACGUUUAAUCAUAUGGAAAAUCCAGUUAUUUUAUAUUUUUAUUUUAUAAUUGGCAUAAAGUUAAUGUUGAUUAAGUAAUAAAUAAAAACUACAUUAUUAUUAUUAUGGUAAUAUAAUUAAUGAUGCAUUGUUAACAUAAUAUAAUUAAUAAAAUUGUUAAACUAAGUGAAAUAUGAAAAACCAAUUAAUGUAAUUAUAAUAAUAAAAUUAAUAAAUUGGUAUUACAUUUUUUUAUUGCUAUCUAUAUUUACAAACAAUCUCAUUUAUAAUGAUAUUCAAGUUUCUAAACAGUAUCAGAAGAUACUUCAUUAUUAAUAAUAUAGAGGUAGAGACUUGAGAGCAUCUCAACGCUAAGAUAUAUACCAUUAAUUUUUUUAGCAAUUUUUUUAGCAACUUUAGUCUAAUACGAGAGAUAGUUUUUUGAAACAUUCAUAAAUCACAGCAGCCUAGUCUCUAGUAGAAAACCAGACCACCAUUGUUUUGUUGAAAGUUGUUCCUCCUCGUCCACGUAAAGAACUGAUUCGGUUCCGUACUUGCUUGUCGAUGAACUUGAUAAGAAGACUUGGGGGACGAUUGACCGUGCCAUGCCUUCUUCCGUUUCGCUCAAGCCAAAUAGUAUGCACAGAGUGUUGGAAAACAUAU